AUGACUUCUGUAGAAGAUCAUGUUUCUACGUAUGAUUACGUCGUGAUUGGUGGAGGAACAAGUGGUUCAGUUGUUGCACGACGUUUAGCAGAAAAUGAAAAGCAUUAUAGUGUUUGUCUCUUAGAAGCUGGUCCCAGUCACGAAGAUAUUUACAAUAGCCAUAUGCCUGGUGGAAUGGGGGUGAUUGAUAGAACCAAAUUAGAUUGGAAUUAUGAUAUGGUGCUUCAAAAAGGAUGCAACAAUCGUAAUCUAAUUACUGUCCGAGGGCGCUUUCUUGGAGGUACCAGUGGAAUGAACGGAACAGUGGUUAUUCGUGGAGCUAAAGCGGAUUAUGAUCGCAUUGCUGAUAUGGGAAAUCCAGGAUGGAGCUGGCAAGAGAUGAUGCCUUAUUUUAAAGCAUCGGAAACAUUCCAUCCCGUCGAUUGGCACCAAGCAGAUUUAUCUGUUCACGGUACCGAUGGACCUUUACACACAUCAUUGCAUCGUCUGGCACCUAUCUCAGAGAAAACUCUUGAAUCAUUUAUCGAUUACGGUUUUCAGUACAAGCCAGAUAUGUUUGUUCAAGGUGAAUACGAAGGUGUUGGACAUGCUAUUCGCAGUGUUUACAAUGGCGUUCGUAGUACAGGUGCAGAUUUUGUGCACAACUGUAAGCUGGAAAAUCUUACUGUAAAAACGGGAGUAUUCGUCGAUCGAAUUAUCGUGGAUAAUAAUGGUAAAUCGAAUGCAGAAAAUCGUGAAUAUAGAGCAGUUGGCGUGGAAGCACAUGACGAUGUUAACGGUCAACCAAUGAUCAUAAAAGCAAGAAAAGAAAUCAUCUUGAGUGCUGGUGCUUAUAACUCUCCGAUGAUCUUAAUGCAUUCAGGCAUCGGUCCAAAAGAACAUCUGACCGAAAUGAAUAUUGAUUGUAAGAUUGAUUUGCCUGGUGUUGGAGAAAAUCUAAUCGAUCAUCCUAUUACUUUUACAUCCUAUCAAGUGAGCGAUCCAAAUCUUACCUUGGAUCGACUGGUUUUUCAUAAUCCUGAAACUGUCCUCGCAGCAAUCAAAGAAUGGAAUGAGACGAAAACGGGACUGAUGUCAACAGUUCCAUUCGAUCCAUUUGCACUGACACGAAUUGAUAAAACAAUUCGCGAUCCAGUUUGGGAAGCCGAGAAGUUGAAACAGCAGUGUGAUGAUCCAUCAGGUCAAUUACCAACCCAGCCUCACAUUGAAUUUCUUACUACUGAACUGUUUUCCGGUCCACCUCAUUAUGCCGAAGUAAAUCCGAAUAACCCGAUCAAUGGUGAAAGUGUUGUCACAUUGAUUACACUUCUGUGCAGACAACUAUCAACGGGAACCAUACGUUUGUCGUCCAAUGAUCCAACUAGCAAGCCGAUCAUUGAUCACGCCUAUCUUACGAACGAUUUAGAUGUAGCUGUACUUGCUGAAGGUUGUCGCAUUGGUCAUGAAGUGCUAACGAAGGGUCGAGCAACCAAAGACAUUAUCAGUGGGCCAUGGCCAAAAACUGUGUCUAUUCCGACCGAUUUGGACGGUUGGAAAGAACAUGUACGAGAAUUCACGACUAGUUGUGGUCAUCCAGGUGGUACAUGUAAAAUGGCACCCAGCAAUGAUCCUAUGGGAGUCGUUGAUCAUCGUCUACGUGUUCGAAAUGUGGAAAAUUUGCGCGUAGCCGAUGUGUCUAUUAUGCCUAUACUUAAUAGUGGACAUACACAAGCACCUGCAUAUGCCAUUGGCGAAAAGGUAGCAGAUAUGAUUUUACAGGAUGAAUUGGUUUAA